AGCACUGGAUUGAUAAGCGAAGAUGGCACACACCGGUGAGGCUGAAAACUAACCCCAGCGGAGACAGUGUGGCCCUCCCCCCCUGCUGGGGGUGGGAUCUAACGGGGAAGGAGAGCGCUGUUUCUCCGCCAGUGUGCUGUCCAGCUCCUCUGCAGCCGGUUCCCUUACCAUCGAGACGGUGAAGGCUCUUAGAAAUUUAGCCGCAACUGAAAGUUAUAAAGCUUGGAAGGAAAGGAUGUCCCGGGAGCAGCAGGCAGUGGCUCGUGCCAGGAAAGCCUUUGAAACAGGCAGGUCCAAAUCUGUAGAGUACCGGAUCAGCCAGCUGAAGAACCUGCAGCGCUUAUUCACCGAGAGACAGAAAGAGAUCGCGGCUGCUAUUAAGAAAGAUCUCAAUAAAACCGAGGCUGGGACGCAGUUCUAUGAGAUUCUGAGUCUGGAGGGUGAGCUCAGCCUCUUCAUUAAGAAUCUGAAGGAGUGGGCAGCCCCUCAGCAUGUGAAGAAGAACCUGCUGACCCUGUCUGACACCGUCUACAUCCAUCCGGAGCCGCUGGGGGUGGUGCUGAUCAUCGGGGCCUGGAACUACCCGUGGGCUGUAACCAUCCGGCCUCUCAUUGGAGCAAUUGCUGCUGGUAAUGCAGCUGUGGUGAAGCCCUCCGAGGUCUGCGUUCACACCUCAAAAGUCAUGGAGGACCUUCUGCCAAUUUACAUCGACAAAGAGCUUUACCCCGUAGUAACUGGAGGAGUGCCAGAGACCCAGGAGCUGCUACGCCAGAAGUUUGAUCACAUCUUCUACACCGGCAACAGCAUGGUGGGAAAAGUGAUCAUGGAGGCUGCCGCCAAGCACCUGACACCAGUCACCCUGGAGCUCGGCGGCAAGAGCCCCUGCUACAUCGACAAGAACUGUGACAUAAGCACAGCCUGCAGGCGUAUCACUUGGGGAAAGUACAGUAACUGUGGUCAGACCUGCAUUGCCCCAGAUUACAUCCUUUGUGAGCCCAGCAUCCAGGACCGGGUCAUUCAAGAGGUCAAGAAGUGCAUUAAGGAGUUCUACACGGACAGCCCAAAGACAUGCCCCGACUACGGUCGCAUCAUCAACCAGCGCCAUUUCAAGAGGGUCAUGGCCAUGUUGGAAGACAGCACCAUCGCUGAAGGAGGGGACAAUGAUGAGUCAGACUGCUACAUAGCUCCAACAGUUCUACGGGACGUGAAGCCGGAGGCUAAAGUAAUGCAGGAGGAGAUUUUUGGACCUCUGCUUCCAGUCUUACCAGUCAGCGGGCUGGAUGAAGCCAUCAAGUUUAUCAAUAAGGGAGAGAAACCUCUGGCUCUCUACGUGUUCUCACAUGAUAACAAGGUGAUAGAGAGAAUAAGAGACGAGACUUCGAGUGGUGGAUUCCUGGCCAACGACUGCCUCGUACACUAUUCUGUCAGCGCGCUGCCUUUCGGAGGAGUGGGAAACAGUGGAAUAGGCUGCUACCACGGCAAGUUCAGCUUUGAACGACUGAGCCACCGGCGCGGUUGUCUCAUCAAAAAGCUGAACAUGGAGGGAGUGAACGACAUGCGCUACCCACCGCACACAUUAAAGAAACUGGGCUGGGCGCGCUUCUUCAUCCUCAACACUGCAGACCUGGGCUGGGUGGGCCGGAUGGCGCUCCUGGCUGUGCUGGCUGUGGUGGCUGCUGUUGUGAUUCAGAAUUACGUCCUUUGAAGACGUUCUGCUGUUUCCUUUCUCGCCUGGACCACAGACGAGGACAGAGGAGCGUUGAUUUGUUUAUUCACAAACAAUUCAGCAAUAUUUUGCUGUUUCAGGGUUGCCGUGAUCCAUUUUACAUUUCAGUGAAUUUUAUGAUGUUCGCUGCAAGCAGUUUCUUUUAAUGAAGGUAAUUAUUUAUUCUCAUCAAUGAAAGAAUCACUACGUUCCAUUAUUUUACAUUAACUGAUUUUUAAAAAAAAUAUUUUAAAUACUUUUCUUUUAUGAGUGAUUGUUUAAUGAAGUAAUAAUGUGUGUAGAGCUACUGCUUGAUUUAUAAUGUGAUGUUGGGUUAUUUUGCUCUACAUUUAAAACCAAAACAUCUUUGUAUGAAGGGCCGUAAGAGGAAGUUUAUUUUCAUAAUGAAGGAUGAAUCUUUAUUAUUAUUAUGUAGGAGCUACCUGCACGUUAUUCUGAGCUUGUUGUUUCAGCCGGAGUGCAGGUGAUUUUUGCCUGCUGACGGCAGAGAUGAAGACGAGUCCGUGAGAUUUCAGUGUUUUUAGUCAAAGCUGGAAACAGGAUCAUGUGAAACAAAGUUUUUAAUGAAUUUUUCUGACCAAAUGUGAAACAUUUAAGUAAGCAUGUAAGUGCAGUGUAUAUCACAGCAUUGAAAUGUAAACAACAAUUAAAUAUAUAUGUGUUUCUAUAUUAAUAUUCAGGUAAAUAAAUUACUACAUGUAUCA